GCCACAACAAAAAGAACAUCCAGCUCUCUCAUGAUUGUUAUAAAGAGUUAAACUUGGACUUCUUAUCCUAAAUAAACAAGUCCAAUAGCAAGAGCACCAGUAAAAACAUCAUUCACACAGAGAAUAAGAAAAAGCUGAGGACAAUGACAGGGUUUGGCUCUUCGUGUGGAGCAUGCAAAUUUCUGAGAAGAAGAUGCACAAAUGAUUGUGUCUUUGCCCCUUACUUCUGCUAUGAACAAGCUGCAUCCCAUUUUGCAGCAGUCCAUAAAGUGUUUGGUGCAAGCAACGUCUCUAAGCUAUUACUUCACUUACCAGUUCACUACCGAAGUGAUGCUGCAAUAACCAUUUCUUAUGAGGCAUUGGCUCGAAUGCGAGAUCCUAUCUACGGCUGUGUUGCGCAGAUUUUCGCCCUUCAACAACAGGUGGCUAGCUUACAAGAGGAAAUAGAACUUCUUGGAAACCAAAUGGCUGCAAAUCAAACGGUUGGUGUUGUUUGCAGUGGAAGUUCUCAAGCACCUAAUGAAUUUCUAUGCAUUCAGCCAUAUUUUUCUCCUUAUCCAGACGCCAUGAACACGCAAAACUAUCAGAAUCAACAGGCUGAAGCUGGACAGCUAAACCAUGUAGGAGAUACAAAUGCGACUCAAGCUUUUGAUACCCCAAUGAACAUACAGAUUCCUUCCAUUAACGAAUGGGAAGAACAAAACAUUCUUCCUGAGUCUAGCCCUGAUUAUUUACAGAAAUUCCUGGAAGAAAUGGACCAAGAGAAUAUUACAUAUUUACAGAGAUUCCUGCAAGAUUAGCCGUGAGCUCAACAACCACAUGAAAACAAGUUACUUACUCUGUAAUGAUAUCACCUUUACCGAGUAAAUAUCUCAAUUUUGUUCCUCUGGUACUGUAAGACUUAAUUUGGUGGCCAUAUAAUAAUAAUAGAAUGAUGCGAUAAAUAUGUUAGACAUGUCA